GGCUCCCGGAGGGUGGCAGGGCCAAGAUGGCGGCGCCCUGUGGGUGAGGAGAGGCUGGAGCGGUAAACAGCCGAGGGGCGGAGGAGAAGGAAGAGGAAGGGUUCUGUGAUCAUGAAAAAACCAGAUUGUAUAGUGGUGGAAAGGAAGCAACUACUAGCAGUUUGACAGGAGCACCCAUGUAGAACUGGAAGCAACCGUGCCUUGCGUGGACACACGUGUCAUGCCCGUUAGCGCCUAGCGUGAAGCAGGAUGUCUCAGCAAACCAAUAUUGGCGAUCUUCUCCCCAUGCUAGAUUCUCCAGUCCUGGCUGUCCUGGAAGAUAUCAUGGCUGUGUUUAGAGACAACUUGGCUUCAGAUCGUGGGCCCAUGCUGGUGAAUUCUUUGGUGGAUUACUACUUGGAAACCAGCUCCCAACAAGCUUUGCACAUCCUGACUGCUGUCCAAGAGCCACAUGACAAGCACCUUCUCGAUAAAAUCAAUGAAUACAUGAGCAAGCCCUCCACCCGUCUCGCCACUCUUUCGCUCCUUGGCCACGUGAUUAGAAGUCAGCCCUCCUGGAAACAUAAGCUGCCUCAGGCCCCCGUUCUCCUUUCCCUCCUCAAGUGUCUCAAGACUGACACCGACGUCGUAGUCCUCACUACGGGGGUGCUGGUGUUAAUCACGUUGCUCCCCAUGAUCCCUCAGUCUGGGAAGCAGUACCUUCACGACUUUUUUGGCAUCUUCGGCCGCCUUUCAUCUUGGUACCUGAAGAACCCAGGCCACGUGGCAGAGAUCUACCUGGUCCACCUCCACGCUAGCGUGUACGCCCUCUUUCAUCGCCUUUAUGGAAUGUACCCGUGCAAUUUUGUCUCCUUUCUGCGCUCCCAUUACAGCAUGAAGGAAAACCUGGAGACCUUUGAAGAGGUGGUCAAGCCAAUGAUGGGCCACGUCCGUAUCCACCCGGAGUUGGUGACCGGUUCCAAGGACCACGAGCUGGAUCCUCGGAGGUGGAAGAGGCUAGAAACGCACGACGUCGUGAUCGAAUGUGCCAAGAUCUCCCUGGAUCCAGCGGAAGCAUCCUACGAAGACGGCUACUGCCCGGCUGCCCUACAAGCCUGCACGCACCAGUCGCUUCGCCCCGCCGACCCCGACGCCACCCCUUACCCGAUUCCCCCCAAUAGCCUGGCCGCAGGACCCUCAACGUCUACCCCUUACUCUGCUUCUCGGCUGGUCCUCUCCCAGAUACCAGGGCAUCUACCUCACAUCCUGACCCCCCAGCCCUCAAGUUUGUCCACUGAGCCUCAGCAGGCGUCUUUCUGGAGCCCCUCUGCUGUUUGUGGCAUGACCACCCCUCCAACUUCUCCCGGCCUCGUUCUGGAGUCUUUGCAAACUUCUUCCCAGCCUUGCAGCAAGUUCUUCAGCGCAGCCGACGAUUCGGUUCCGAGUUCAGUUCCUGCAACCACUGCUGCACCUUCAAAGAAGGAGGAAAAAGCAGAUCCCACGAGGCCUUUUCUGUCCCGACAGCAAAAUAUCAGAACUUUAGACUCCCAAGGCAGUAAAAAUUCUGUAACUUUAAGCGACCUGCCCAACAUCCUAGAUAAUCUGGAGGCCUCAUGCGAAGACAGCGGAGAGAAAGACCGAGAAGAAGAAGCCAUCUCAAACGAAAUCUCCGAGAUCACCGCCACGGAGGCCGAGCCCAUAGUGCCGAGGGGCGGAUUCGAUUCUCCGUUCUACCAAUCCAGCGAGAAUCUCUCUGGCUCUCGGAAAUCUCAGUCGGUCGCUUCAACCGCCGCGGGGCCGUGUUCGAAUGCCGAGCCUUCGGCCUCUUUCCUGGACCUUUCCGGGCUCGAAGGCCCGCGGGAUACUCCGAAGCAAGCCUUCACGCCCAUCGAGCGGCCCUGCCGGGAUGCCGAAGAGAUUCCCGUGGGAGUCCAGGAACUGUGGGCCUCCCCAGAUCCGGGCCUCUGGACCCCCAGCCCUUGCAAAAUCCCCGCUCGCCAGAGGCCUGGCUUUGGGAGCCAGCAGCUCCCUGGAUACGAGCACCUGUUUGAAGUGGCACUACCUAAAACGGCCUACCUGUUUGUCAGCCGGAAGACGGAAGAGCUGCUGAAAAAAUGCCAGGGGGGACUGGACGACGGCGGCUUCCUUUCUGCGUCCCCUUUGCAUGUCUUAGACCGGCUGCUUCAACACGGGGCGGAUGUUCACAGCAGGGAACUCAGCAAGUUAUCGUUGCCCAGCAGAUCCGCCGAUUGGACUCAUUUUGGAGGUUCCCCUCCUUCCGACGAGAUUCACACCCUCCAGAAUCAGCUGCAGCUGCUGCAUAACCAGCUGCUGUACGAGCGCUUCAAGAGGCAGCAGCAUGCGGUCCGGAACAGGCGCCUCCUGCGGAAAGUGAUCAAAGCGGCCGCCCUCGAGGAACACAACGCGGCCAUGAAAGACCAGCUGCGCCUCCAGGAGAAGGACAUCCAGGCCCUGAAGCUCAGCCUUCAGAAGGAGCAGGCCAAACACCGCCGGUUCCAGGAAGAAUAUGACGGCAUGGUGGCUCAGCUCCACAGCCAGAUCCGGCAGCUUCAGCAGGAACGAGAGGAGUAUUACAACCAGAGCCAGGAGAUGAAGACCAAACUGGAAGAUUGCUCCAACGUAAUCCGAGAUCUGCGGUCUGAGCUGAAGAAAUCCAACAACAAGGUGUGCCACACAGAAUUGCUGCUGAGCCAAGUUUCACAGAAGCUUUCCAACAGCGAGUCUGUGCAGCAGCAGAUGGAGUUUUUGAACAGACAGCUGCUGGUGCUUGGAGAGGUGAACGAGCUGUACCUGGAACAGCUUCAGAACAAGCAUGCCGACACCACCAAGGUAACUUUUGCUCGACCCAAUUCGUGUUAG